CGUUUCAUACAGAUAAUGUGACAAAACUUAUGUUGAUAGAUUUUUGUUAGUGAAAUAAUUAUUUACAGUAGAAAUUCAUCAUGGCUGAUAUAUUGGUGAGAAUAUUCAAUCCAGAUGAAGUCUUGCAAUUGCCAGAAACAGUUCGAAAAAAGUUGGAAAAUGAAUUGCAAUUUAAAGAAAACUCUAUCGAUUCGCUAAAAGCUGAAGUAGAUCAAAUGAAAGCUGAACAUGAACAGAAAUAUUAUGAAAUUGAAAAAAAUAUGAUUGAAAUGUCGACGCGUCUUAACAGUGCUUCUUCAAAUUGUUCGCAGGCUACAGGAAGAAAUAAAGAACUCGAUGAAGAGCUGAAAUCCUUCAAAUCAUUGAAUGAAUCGUUGGAAACUUCUUUCGCUGAAGCGCAGGGUGAAAUCGCAGCGCUCAAGCACACCCACGAUCUAUGGAAAGCAGAAAAAAUGACUUUGCAACAUUCUAUAGAAAAAAGAGAUUUGGAAAUUACUGAAAUAAGAGGAGAAUGGAAAGCGGUUUCUGAUAAACUAGCUGUCACUACUCUUAGCAAGAACAAAAUAGAGUUAAAAUUAGAUGAACUACAAAAUUCUGGUGUAACAAUUCAGUAUAAUACCAAACGUUUGGAGAAAGAAAAAGAACUUUUGGCGAUACAAAAUAAUCAACUGACAGAAGAAUUGAAGGCAAAAUCAACUGAAUUAAAUUCUGUAAAACUUCAGAAAGAAAAUGAAUUAGUGUCAUUACGAAGUCGUCUUGAGGUGAAAAUGGAUGAAUGCAAACAACUUGCAACUGUGUCUGAAAAUCUUCGGACAACAAAUGAAGAAUUGGGAAAGAAAAUUGAUGAUUUGUUAACGAAGGCCAACACCGCGGAAGAGGAGCAUCGAUCAAUGGAAGAGGCUUAUCGGAAUGAAUUGCAAUCACAAACCAAUUUGGCUGAGUUAUAUAAAGCUUCGGCAAAAGAUGAAGAAGAAAAAGCGAAUGAACUGGCUUCAGCGGUGCAUGAACUUCAAAAAAUAGUUACCAAAUCAGCGGAUGAAAAAGUGGCAAAUGUACUAAAACUUGAAGAACUGAAAAAAAAAUCGAACGAUCUUUCCUAUCAAAUCGAGCUCUUAAAAGGUGAAUUAGAGAAAGCAAAUGAUCUACUUGCAGUAAAAAGGGGGCAAGAUCCAGAGAAACUCAGUGAUGAAGAGUUAGCUGCACUUUGCCCUACAGCUGCAAUGGCAAGCAAAUUUAUUAAAUCUGGCAUGACGUUAACAGAAAUUUAUUCAAAAUACAUCGACACAGUAGAUGAACUUGAGAUUGCAAAACAAGAAUGUAAAAAAUCGAAUGAAACAAUGGAUGCCAUUUUGGAAGAAUUAAACGAAAAAGCUCCGAUUUUGAAACAGCAAAGGGAAGAUUAUGAGAGAGCGCUUUCCACGAUUACUCAACUCACUUCGCAAACUGACGCUGCAGUCAUUGAGUGUCAACAUCUUCGCGCAGAGGCAGACGAUUCUGCCAGAAAACUUGCGUGUAUGGAACGUGAAAAGAAAAGGCUUCAAGUUGAAACGGGCGACCUCUCAACGCAGAUUCGAUUCCUACUCAAAGAACUUGAAGAAAGCAGAGGACAUAACAUCAGUAUGGAUCAAAGUAUGGAUGAGACGGAUGUAACAAGCGCUUCUGAUGUUAUCUCAGAACAUCUUCUUACUUUCCGUAGCAUCAAAGAAUUACAGGAACAAAACCAAAGAUUAUUGAAAGUUGUUCGAGAACUGAGUGCAGAGAGUGAAGCGAGUGAAAAAGAAACUGAAAACAAGGAAUUGAAAGAACUGAAAGAUUCUUUACAACAAGCUAAUGAAGAACUUGAAAAUCUUCGAGAGGAAAGACAAAAACAAAUAGAAUUUGUCGAGGCGAUUGUAAGACAACGUGAUAUGUACAGAGUUCUUCUGGCACAAGAACCCAAAACUGGCGUUCCACUUUCGAUUUUAGCAAGUCCAUCUCAAGCUACCUCAACUAAGCAGAUAUCAAUAAGAGAUAGUGUUGAUCGUACACCCGAUUCGCAAGAUAAAACUGACUCGUCAUCGAAGGCAUUACAGGUUCUCAAAAGUGAGUUCGAUGAAUAUAAAAAAGAUGUACAGGAUAAUAACAAAGUGAUAAAUGAGCAAGCUGAUAGGCUGCGAUCACAGAUUUCUGAAUUACGUACGGAUAAUACAAAACUGCAGGCAAAUGUCAACUUUUCUGCUGAAAAGUAUGAAUUGCUGAAAAAGACCUUUGAUAAUUUGAGGAAAGAAUCGGAAAUGUACAGAGAAAAAAAUUCAAAACUUUCAAUGCUAAUUCAAAAGCAAGAACUGAAUAUCAACAAAAUUACAAACGAUUUAAAUUGUUCUCAAGAAGAAAAAGAAAACUUGAAAUCCAAAGUAGAAAACUUGCUUUCUGAGAUGGAAAUUUUACGUCGUGCGGAAGAACGCUUGAGGUCUGAAAAUAAUUCUUUACAGAGAGAACAGCAAGGACAAGGCGUUCUUUUAGCUAAUAUACAAAAGAUUCAACAAAGCAUGGAAAAACAGGAAUUUGAAGUUCGCUCAGAGCUCAGAAGCCGUCUUGAGUCACAGGAACGCGAGUUGAAGAAUUUACGACGAACUUCAAAUGAUACCAUACAACAAAAACAAACUAUUAUCCAGAUGACAGAAAAACAACUCUUAACGACUCAACGAAACUUAGAGAAACAACAACACAUCAAUGACACAAUUUCUGCAACUUUAAGAAAUGUGAAAUCUGAAUUGGAAUCAAGUAAACUUGAGAAUGAUAGUAAUAUCGCGAAAGUAGCGAAUCUGGAACAGAAAUUAGCACGGCUUGCGGGUGAGAAGGGGGGUAACGUUACUUUACUGGGUACUAGCGAUGAUGACGCUAUCGAAAAUUUGAAAGAUAUGAAAGCCAAAUGUGCUUCACUUGAAAACGAAAUCUCUUCUUUAAAUUUGAAGUUAGAAAAAGCGCAACGUGCUGUCCAACAACACAAAGAAUUUGCGGCUGCGACUGAGGAAUCGCUCAAACAAGCAAAUGCUGCAAAUCGUGAAUUAUCCGAGGCACUGGAAACAAGGCUCAAAAAUGCUAGUGAACAUCAGACCACAUUAGAGCAAAAAAUCACCACACUCGAAGACGAGAAUAGACAACUGAAUAGCAAAAAGACAAGCUUAAUUAGUGAGGUCGACUUACGUACAGCAGAUUUAAACCGACAAAUGGCUACGCUACAAAGCGACUUGGAUCAUGCAUUAAAGCGAGAGAAGGAUUUGCAAAAAAGUGAACAGGAAGCUAGAAAUCAGUUCACAGAACAAAUGAAUUUAAUUCACGACGCUCAAGAUAAAUAUCAAAGAGAGAUGUUAUUACAUGCGGAAAGUGUGAAAGAACUCAUGCAACUAAAAGAAAAAUCGGAAACCAACAGUUCGGAUAUAGAGAAAGCUAAAAUCAGUGCAAAACAAGCUCAACACCUUCUUGAUUCAAAUAAAGGAAUGUGGGAAAAACAGAAAAAAAAACUUACGGAUGAAAUUGAUGAAAUGAAAGAAAGAAAUAAAGAUUUGACUGACCAGUUGUCCGCACUACAUACCCAACUUGAAACUAUGAGUAACCAAAUGGUAGCCUUGCAACAUAAGAGCGCAACCUCUUCGCCAGCAGCAAAAUAUAGCAGGCUUUCUACUCAACAACAAGCGAAGUCUGUCGCUGAAGAUCCUACUGAUAAAUCUAAUGAACAACUCAUGGAUAUUAUCAAGUUUCUGAGAAAAGAGAAAAAUUUAUCGGAAGUAAAAUGCUCACUUGCUCAAUCUGAAAAUACCAGAAUGAAACAGCAACUCUCGCAUUUACAAAAACAAGCUGAUGAAUUUAAGAAAUCGUUACAUACUGAACGACAAAAAUCGCAAUCGACAUUAGCGGAACUAUCAGAACAUGAAGCACUCAUGAAAAAAGUUGAAACACUAAAUGUCUUGACGGAUAGCAAUCGUAUGCUGCGCGAAGAAAAAGAUCGCAUUCAAGAAGAAUUGAAAACUACAAAAGCUGCUCUAAUUGAGCUGAAACAAAAAUUCCGUCCUAUACAGCAAGAAAACAACUUGUUUUCUACUCAGAUCACGACAUUAAAAUCUGAAAAGGUUAUACUCGAGCAGGAUGUCCAAAGGUGGCAGCAGAGAUCACAACAACUUAUUCAGUCACCACGGCGACAGGAUCCUGAGGAAUACAGAAAACUUAUUGCUGAACAACAGAAAUUACAAAAAAAUGUGGAAAAUCUGAACAAAGAAGUCACUGAUAAAAAACUUGAAGUUUCAACAUUGCAAGGAAAGAUACGAGAACUCAAUCAACAAACAGAAAGUUUGAAAAACCAGAAUGUGAAUCUUACAAAAAAACUGGAAACUUCGGAGACUGAAAUCAAAGCCAAACAAUCUGAAUCUGAAGAAAAGAACAAAACAAUCAUGCAAAUUCGAAGAGUUGGUAGAAGAUAUAAAACUCAGUAUGAGGAAUUACAGAAAAAACAGAAAGAAAUGGAAGAAAAACAAAAAUCCACUGAAGAAAAUCGUGUACAAGACACUAGUACCUCAGAAGCGACUUUAGCAGAGAUCAAUGCAAAACUUUCAGCGUUGGAAGCGAGUCUUUUGAAAAUAACCAAAGAAAAAGAGGAUACACAGAAACAACUGGACAUGAAAACAGCUGAAGUUGAAGCACUGAAAAGUCAACUUCAACACGCAAAUCAAAAAAUUGCAGAAGAAUCCAAAUCUGGGAACAAUAGUGAACUUGCUGUUGAAAAUCAGAAAUUAAUGAGCGAAAGAGAUGAAAUGAAAAAACAACUUCAAGAGAAAGAUGACAAAUCUAAAAGACUUUUAUCGAAAGCAAAAACAAGAAUCGAACAAAUAAUAAAAGAUAAAGAUGAAAUUGCCGCUGUACGAGACCGCUUACAAUCAGAAGAAACCAAAAUGAAAGAAGAACUAGAAAAAUUGAAACAAGAAGUGAAAACUGAAACAGAUUUAAAAACUGAACUACAAAAUAAAGUGGACGAUUUACAGAAGCAACUAACGAAUGCUACUUCUCAACAACAACAGCAAAACAAGGUUACGAGUGUCGUGGGACACCAAAUUCAUCAUUAUCCUGGUACAAGUGGUAUGGUAGAACCUAGGAAAGCUGCAAAUAUAAGACCGAUAUCUACUCAACGUGUGAGCCAAGUGUCUCCCAUGAGAGUGACUCGUACAGCGCGUGUGAUGCCAGAACCACAACAAGAGGCACAAGAAGGCUCGUCCACUGAUUCUGUUCCAACAAGAAGUUCACCUCACGCUCAAGUUGCUCCCUCAUCUAGUCAUCUUCCUGCAUCAAGCAUGAGUUCUGGUACGUCAACAUCGAUGCCGACCCGUGCUUUCGUACAUCCGAUCAAUCCAUCUGCUGGUCGUCAUCAACACGUUGUUAGCUCAAUGCCGACUUCCUCAGCUACUCAUCAAAUACCAACAAGAUCUGACGCGACACCCCUAGAACAGGCUGUUGUUCGUGGCAAUACGAGCAGUACAACUGAUGGUCAAUCAAAAGAAGUUUCUGUUUCUUCUGUCGUAGCUAUGUCUUCCACAAAUGUCGAUAUUUCUGAAAGUGACCAAGCGAUUGUUUCUUCGUCUGAUGACCAACCAGCUCAGUCUGAGGACGGUGCACAGCCGUCUGUGCCCUCAUCCAGCUGUCAAAGUCAAACUUCAUCGACAACAACCGUUUCAGAAUCGGAUUCCGCACCUUCACAAUCAUCAAAUGCAAGCAGCAGCGUAAAUUCAAGCGUAGCAGUAUCAAGCAUUCCAGUUUUAAUCGGCCGACAGGCUCUACAUCCAUCACACAAGCGUUCAUACGAAGACGCAGACGAAUCGACUUCAGCUAUGGAUGAUAGUCCCGGUAGUUCAAGUGAUGCACAAGUGAGCAUGGCACCGGUUUCAAAGCGCCAACGCAGCAGUCCCGAUCAAUCAAGCUCCGCUGUUCAUCCUAUUACAUCCCAAACUGCAUCGCGAUCAUUUGGUGAGAGUUCUACAAGAAUUCAACAAGCUGAGAGUAGUGUUGCUCAAGUUGAGGUUAAAUCAUCUACUGAGGUUGAAGCCCAAGUGUCAUCUCAUUUAGAAGACGCGGAGGUCAGAAAUGAGGAAGACGGAGUGGAUACUUCCUCUUUUACACCAAUAGCGGUAGCCGAUGAUAUACAGUCUACAGAAGUCCAACCAAUGCCGUCUUCUUCCAGUGCGGAGGUUAUAGACCUGACAAGCGACGAAAGUGGCGACGACUUGAAUGUGGAACAAGACCAAGUAGAAAUGUAUGUUGUUGAAGACGGGGAAAUAAUUGCGGAUGCAGAAGGAGAUGGUGGUCAGCAGGAAGCAAACAACCAAGUACCAACAAAUUCAGCCAGACCAAUUCUCGUACUGCAACCGACCCCACCUGAUCUUCUACGAAACCGCACCCCUAUGCGACCUGCACCCCUAACCCCGGGUCUCACUGCUCCAUCUGCAGACGAUGGUGACGGUAUUGUCCCGUGUACUCCUACAUUACCUACUCGUCGUCAUGACGAUAAUUACCAAACAAUCAAUUCACCUCAUGUGCCACCCGGUGGACCACCUAUUCGGUUCCGAUUUGAGGAUGUAUCUGUGCCUUCUCAAUCUGUACAACCUCAAACAGGAAUCGGAACUGUCGAUAACACUAUAAUGGAUUUCAGUGGUGCUGGUGACGAGGCGAGAAGCGUUCCAACAACACCUAUUGCUACAAUAACAACAGUUACUCACACUUUCAUUGAGUCUUCUCAAGUUCCUCAAUCUGAGGUGUCUGCUGUCAGUAGCAGCAUCAUGGAAGACCAGGAAGAAAUUGUAGAUGUGGAUAAGGAUGAUGAAGGAGAUCUCAUGGUUCCAAUAAGUUCUUCUGUGCCUGAGGAAACUGGUAAUGUCGAUAACUCCUCUGUGUCGGAAAGUCGAGAACUUGCUUCAUCUAACUUGCAGAAUAUACGAGGAAGAAGAAUAAGACUGAUUGGUGCUAGAUCAAGAGGCAGGGGUGGAGGGGCAUCACCAUCUACAAGCCAACAGCCAUGAUGUUCUCUGAAUGAAUAUGCACUGCUUCUAAUGCUUGCUUCACAACAACUUUGUUAUGCUUUUCACUGCCAAGAAUUGUAUCAAUCAAUAUUAGAUUAGACAAGGGUGUACAGAAAGCCAGACUUGAUUGUAUUACUCAGCUUAGUUCAGAUUUUUUUUUACUGGACAAAUCUAAAAAGUUGGUAACAGAAUAUUGUACUGCUUUCAGUUCUAUUGUGCACUGGUGUCAUUGAACGAAUUUUCAUUGUCGUUUUUGUAGAAUUUGCUAAAAGUUAAAUUUGAUGCAUUUGGCAUAUUUUGUGAGUUCUAUGUAUUAGGAUCAUUAAAUUUUCAAAAUUAAUUACAAGCCAUAUUUCUGAAAUACUGAAAUGUAAUUUCUGGUAUAAUUCUUUCUCCGAACACUGCAUAUAUGCUAUGGUAUAUUAUUUCAUUGCUACAAUUAGAACCGUUGUAGAAUGUGAAUCAUGAUAAGAUUAGUAGUAAGUAGUGGGUUUGUUCAAUUGCAUGGAUGCUUAUUGAUUGACUUUAUUACAAUUGCUAUUUUCAAUGUUAUGCCCUUUGUUCCGCCACUUCCUAAAACAGCUUCACAGUUAGUCUAAUGUUGUGGCUUCUUCACUGCAUUUGAUUUGUUUGCCCAAAUUGGUUUUGUGAUUUUUGGCUAAUUGUGGAAAAAAAUGUACUUUUGGAUGAAGAAUUGCAAACUAUACAUGUAUUCAAUAAUGAAUUUUCAGAACUUCAGAUCGGUGAUGUCACAUUGAAAUUAUUUGUGCUCCUGA